AUUCACAGUUCCUAGGGAAGUACAAAAACACAUUUCAAUUUACACCACCAUACAAACAAAAAAUAAAUAAAUAUAUUUUUGUUUCUUUAAGAGACUGAUUCAAAAUUAAUCACGUCAAUCCAAUCCUCCACCCACUAUUCCCUUUCCUCGCUAUAAAUCAAAUCUAUGAACCCUAACUUCCCAUUAAUUUCAGGGUUUUCAAAAAUGGAAACCCUAAUUCAAUCUCUUCCACUUCUCCCACUCUUCUUCACCUUCUUCCUUUCAAUUUACUUAAUUGCCCAAUUCAUCGUCUUCCGCAACUGGCCAGCGAUUCACCGUCUCGAAGCUUCCAGCUGCUUAAUUUCCCUCUUCCACGGUACACCCGCUGCAAUUUUCGCCUCCUACUACGCCGUCUUUAACGACGUUAACAGAACCCACACCUCCUUCUCGUCGCCAAAUACUCCCGCGCAAAACUCCGUCCUCGAUUUCAGCAUUGCGUAUUUUCUAAUGGAUCUCAUUCACUACCUCAUCUUUUUCCCUAGCGACGUUCUCUUCAUCGGUCACCAUUUAGGGACGCUGUUUGUUUUCAUCACGUGCCGUUACUUUGUCUCUCACGGCGCGUUUGCUAUACUCUCUUUGCUCGUUCUUGCCGAGAUUACUAGCUUCUGCCAGAACGCGUGGACUUUGGCGCGUGCGAGACGAGGUGAUGUGAAAUUCGCGGCGAAGGUUUAUCAUUUACUGUCGCCGCCUUUUUAUGCUUUUUAUUCGGUUGUGAGAGGGUUUUUGGGUCCUUGGUUUGUUUAUGAAAUGGGGAGAUUUUAUAUUAGUGGCGGUGCUGAUAGUGUUAUUCCUAAAUGGGUUUGGGUUUCUUGGAUGAUUGUUGUGAUCAUGGCUAUUUCUGUUAGUAUUUUGUGGAUUGUUAAUUUAUGGGUUGAAUUGUAUAGAGAAAGGAAGCUCAAAUUUGGGAAGAAAUUGAGUUAAUUAUGUUAGAUUAGAAGUAUUUAAAUAAAAAUAUGUAAUCUUUUUUAUUGUUGA